GCCCCAGAGCAAGCGCAGCGGCUGUCGCCGGAGCUCGAGCCCGCUGCCCGCCUGCGCUCCAGUCCGCGGUGUCUAGCACCGGGGCCCAGCAUGGUCAUGGCGGAUGGCCCGAGGCACUUGCAGCGUGGGCCGGUCCGGGUGGGGUUCUACGACAUCGAGGGCACGCUGGGCAAGGGCAACUUCGCCGUGGUGAAGCUGGGGCGGCACCGGAUCACCAAGACGGAGGUGGCGAUAAAAAUAAUAGAUAAAUCCCAGCUGGAUGCCGUAAACCUUGAGAAAAUCUACCGAGAAGUACAAAUAAUGAAAAUGUUAGACCAUCCGCACAUAAUCAAACUUUAUCAGGUAAUGGAGACCAAAAAUAUGUUGUACCUUGUGACUGAAUAUGCCAAAAAUGGAGAAAUAUUUGAUUAUCUUGCUAAUCAUGGCCGGUUAAAUGAGUCUGAAGCCAGGCGUAAAUUCUGGCAAAUCCUGUCUGCUGUUGAUUAUUGUCAUGGGCGGAAGAUUGUGCAUCGUGACCUCAAGGCUGAAAAUCUCCUGCUAGAUAACAACAUGAAUAUCAAAAUAGCAGAUUUCGGUUUUGGAAAUUUCUUUAAAAGUGGUGAACUGCUGGCAACGUGGUGUGGCAGCCCCCCUUAUGCAGCCCCAGAAGUCUUUGAAGGGCAGCAGUAUGAAGGACCACAGCUGGAUAUUUGGAGCAUGGGUGUUGUCCUUUACGUUCUCGUCUGUGGAGCUCUGCCUUUUGAUGGACCCACUCUUCCGAUCUUGAGGCAGAGGGUUUUGGAAGGAAGAUUCCGGAUUCCUUAUUUCAUGUCAGAAGAUUGUGAGCACCUCAUUCGCAGGAUGUUGGUCCUAGACCCAUCCAAACGGCUAACCAUAGCACAAAUCAAGGAGCAUAAGUGGAUGCUGGUGGAUGUUCCGGUCCAGAGACCUUCUCUCUAUCCACAAGGACAAGAAAAUGAACCAUCUAUUGGGGAGUUCAAUGAGCAAGUUCUGCGAUUAAUGCACAGCCUUGGAAUAGAUCAACAAAAAACCAUUGAGUCUUUGCAGAACAAGAGCUAUAACCACUUUGCUGCCAUUUAUUACUUGUUGGUGGAGCGGCUGAAAUCACACAGGAGCAGUUUUCCUGUGGAGCAGAGACUUGAUGCCCGCCAGCGCCGACCUAGCACCAUUGCUGAACAAACAGUUGCCAAGGCUCAGAAUGUGGGACUCCCGGUGCCUGUCCACUCACCAAAUGUGAGGCUGAUGCGUUCCGCCCUCCUCCCAACAGCAUCCAACGUGGAGGCCUUUCCCUUUCCUGCUUCUGGCUGUCAGACGGAAGCAGCCUUUAUGGAAGAAGAGUGUGUUGAUACUCCAAAGGUCAAUGGCUGUCUGCUUGAACCUGUUCCGCCUGUCCUGGUGAGGAAAGGAUGCCAGUCAUUGCCCAGCAACAUGAUGGAGACCUCCAUUGAUGAAGGGCUUGAGGCAGAAGGGGACGUCGAGGAAGACCCUGGCCAGGCCUUUGAAGCAUUCCAGUCCACACGUAGCGGACAGAGACGGCACACACUGUCAGAAGUAACCAAUCCACUGGUCAUGAUGCCUGGCUCAGGGAAGAUGUACUCCAUGAGUGACAGCCCUUCCCUUGACAGUGUGGACUCAGAGUAUGAGAUGGGGUCUGUCCAGAGGGACCUGAACUUCCUGGAGGACAACCCCUCCCUUAAGGACAUCAUGUUAGCUAAUCAGCCUUCAACUCACGUGCCGUCGCCAUUCAUAAGCCUGAGACCUGCCAACCCGGCCAUGCAGGCGCUCAGCUCCCAAAAGCGUGAGGUUCACAACAGGUCACCGGUGAGCUUCCGGGAGGGCCGCAGAGCGUCGGACACCUCCCUCACACAAGGGAUUGUAGCAUUUAGGCAGCAUCUUCAGAAUCUGGCUAGAACCAAAGGAAUCCUAGAAUUAAACAAAGUACAGUUGCUGUAUGAACAGAUGGGAUCCGAGGCUGACCCCAGCUUGGCAUCUGCUGUUCCUCAGCUCCAAGACCUUGCUAGCAGCUGCCCCCAGGAGGAAGUUUCCCAGCAGCAGGCGAAUGUCGCGGGUCUGUCCGGCAGCAUACAUCCUCAGCUGGCUCGGCGGCAGAGCCUGGAGACCCAGUACCUGCAGCACAGACUCCAGAAGCCCAGCCUUCUGUCAAAGACCCAGAACACCUGUCAGCUUUACUGUAAAGAGACACCGCGGAGCCUGGAGCAGCAGCUGCAGGAGCACAGGCUCCAACAGAAACGUCUCUUCCUCCAGAAGCAGUCUCAACUGCAGGCCUAUUUUAACCAGAUGCAGAUAGCAGAGAGCUCAUACCCACCUCCCAGUCAGCAGCUGCCCCUUUCCCACCAGGAGAGCCCCCCACCGGCACAGCAGCCACCAACCUUCAGCCUGGCACAGUCCCUGAGCCCCGUCCUGGAGCCGUCUGAGCGGAUGCCGUACAGCAGCCCUUUCCUCAGGCAGUACCAGGAGAUGCAGCUGCAGCCGCUGCCCUCGGCGCCAGGCCCUCGUGCUGCCCCUCCGCUGCCAGCGCAGAUGCAGCCGCAGCAGCCACCGCCACCACCUCCACCACCGCCCCCACAGCAGCGGGGAGCAGCCCCAUCACCCUUGUCUUUCCCGUACCAGACUUGCGAGCUUCCAAGUGCUGCUUCCCCUGAGCCAGACUACCCUCCUCCCUGUCAGUACCCUAUGGAUGGGGCCCAGCCAGGGGAGGCCACAGCGCAGGACUGUCCCAGGAGCCCUGGACUGCAGGAGACUGCCUCCACCUAUGACCCUCUAGCCCUGUCUGAGUUACCUGGACUCUUUGAUUGUGAAAUGCUAGAGGCUGUGGAUCCGCAGCACAGCGGGUAUGUGCUGGUGAAUUAAUCUCAGCACGGAAGGCAAGGUGGGUCAGAUGAAAGAUGAGUGUGUAUUUCUAUUUUUAUUCCAGCCUUUUAAAUUUAAAAGCUUAUUUUCUUGCCCUGUCUUUAGUAGGAAAAAGUCAGGGUGCCCGACUGGAAUC